AAAUAUAUCCCAGGGCGCCGGAUUUGAGAGAUGGUUACAUCAUUGAUUUUUAUACAAGGAUGGUUGAUUCUUCAUUAUUCUCGGAGAAGCUAGCAAGCAGGGUUAUAUUAGUUACAUGUGUGGCUACACUAUUUUAGACAAAUAUUUGUCACGGAUAUGUAUUGUCAUUGGUGGGCUAGCAAUCUCGCUAACGCCAUUAACCUACUCUACUAUGCGUACAAACCAUUAAGCUAACUGCAUAUCAGUAGCGAUCAGUCAAGAAAACUUCCCGAGUCAACGUCUCGUACUCUGUCUGGUGGCAAUCGAACGGCAAUAAUGUUCCGCGAAGUGUGGCCCUGCACGCUGCGCAGCACAAAUGACGCCAGCUCACUCGCAAGAAGUGUGUAUAACGGGGGGGCGGGGGGGGUGUGGUCGGCUCUGACCUCUGUCCUGCCCUCCAUUAUCUAUUCACAUCUGUUCUGCUAAAGGAUGUUCCUCCAAAGGACGGGACGAAAGAAGAUGAAGCCAAUGACUCUUGAUCUUGAUCCCUUUCCCAUGACUCCCGUCAGAGCGGAUAGAAAGCUCGCUUUACCCCAGACCGUUUCCGGCCCAGCCUGGUUGAUCGUGCAUGAACCGCUCGCUGCACGAAAGCCAGACUAGUGUGAAGGUGCAUUUGCAAGUUUGUUUUCAUACAAAAAAUAAAAUAAAAUAAAAAAUGCAAGAGAUCUAUGAGCUCAACAGUUCGGACUUAUUAUAUUGACGCGCUUCAAAACUUCACGUCGCGUCUUGAGCUAGCUAUUUAUUUAUAUAGAAUAAUAUAAAUAAAUAAAUACAUUCCCCAAAAGAGCUCCCAAACUCUGGAGUUUUACCUUCAAAACUCUUUUAUUUUGCCAGUGUGGAAUCCCGAAGUACAUGUUGUUCAGCUACAGUUACAGCUACACCGACAACUAUGUCGGCUGCGGAUGAAAGAAUUGAUCCAGACGAUAGUUCCUCUGUCUACUCGCGGACUCCAUCUGUCGAGAAACCCGACGAUAAGGAAUCGCAUUGCCCUCGGGUUUCUAUAGUGUCUAUGAAUAAGGAAGAUGGUGUAGACAAGACCCGCCCACCUACCCCGGGCGGCUUAUGUUACGAGCCCCUCGUCAGCGAGCAAGGUGUGAUUGACGACCCUGGUGAGGAGAAGGCUACCGACAACAGCGAAAAAGGAAAGGGAAAAAGGAUAUCCUGCUGCAGGAAGGAGGGAACAUGUUGCAGGUUCAAAACGCCACCUCCUCGCCGUCUAUCCUCGCCGAUAACCGAAUUUGAGAAUGGGUUGGAGUCGUGUUGCUCAGGGCGGGCUACCGUCUGGCCGUCUUAUUCAAUAAAAGUGCCCCCUCCCUCCAUCGCUGAGGAGAAUCCGUGCUGCAGAGGAGGUGGAGACUGCGAUUCUUUAGACGAAUGUCUUGUCGAGUACGCCACACGUCUAUGUUCGAUGGACGACCAGCAUAGCGAAGACACCGCAAGCCUCCCGCUAGGAGAGAAUUGUUGUGUGCGCGAAGAAUAUCGGGAGGAGAGUCUUACUCUGCCCAGAGAGUGCAGGAGGUACUCCGCGAUGCUCCUUCCCGAAAACGCUGAGCUCCCGCCUCGACGUCUCGGCCACAUUCUCAGCCGCCAACGUGCGCGGAAGCCAUGUACGAGACACUUGAGAAUGGCUUCAGAACAUCUUUCAGAUAAAGGACCUAGGGGGGAGGAGAGUGUUUUCUCAACCUUCUCUGGAUCUGUUAAAGCUGGGGAGGCUUCCUUCGUUUCCCGCAUCAGCAACAUCGUCCACAGAUGCCUCUACAGUGUACCCCGCCGUCUCGUGUUUCCUGACGACAAAUCUUGCUGUAGAGUGAGCCGCGAACGCAAGCAAAGUCUUCUUCUUCAAAAUGGCUGCAAAUCCACCUUGAUUUCCUCCAAACCUUCAGCGGACAAAGUCGAUGCCGCGACGACGAAUACUGCUAAGCCGACUCCCGAAAUUGAUAUCGAGAAGGGCAAUGUCGACAAAGUGUAUGUUCUUUCACUCGGUGUGUUCGGGAUGACAUGUACGGGAUGCGAAUCCAAACUGCGGAAUCUGUUGAAUUCGUACACUGGUGUCAGCGAAGUGCGUACCAGCUUUAUGUUGAACCGCGCAGACCUGGUAUACGACUCGUCCAUAGUUAGUGAUCCAGCAGAGAUCACCUCAAGAAUCAAGAAAGUCACCGGCUUCACAUGCACAAUCCUUAGGACAGGGCUUGCCGCCACAUAUGUCUCCGGAGAGCGCGUCCACAUCAGAAAUCUCGAUUUAAAGGGCCUAGACAUCAUCCAACAGAUAGAUGGGGUUAGCCAUGUCGUACCCCUUCGCGAUGGGACGUAUGAAGUUUUCUAUAACCCCCAGACUACUGGGAUCAGGGAUAUGCUUGAUGCGGCAAAUGCCUCCACCAAAACAUCCAGCAGAGGCCAUGCGGAACUAGCUACCGACAGCUCCUCUGAAGGUAUUGCUCACGCUAUUGCAAACUCACACUGGUACUGGCUAGUUGGGCGCACUGUGGUGGCCGCAAUGUUUACGAUCCCAGUGCUCGUGUUUGCAUGGGCACCAUUUGCUAGAUAUGCCCCUUUCCCGAAACAAACCUCGUUCAUAUCCUCGGCCUUUGCACUUGCAACCGUCGUACAACUUCUCGCAAUCCCGAUAUAUAUGCAUGCAUUUCGGUCGUUGAUAUACCGGAGGGAAAUAGAUAUGGAUGUUCUGGUUGUCUUGUCCAUUACGAGCGCUUAUAUUUACUCUGUGGUAUCAUAUGCGUUCGAGAUGCGAUUUUCGACAGACAAGACAGUGCUGGGUCACCCUAUUUUCGAGACCAGCUCGUUGCUGAUCACUUUGAUUCUCUUAGGCAGACUGAUGGCUGCAUGGGUUAGGAGAAAUGCUCAGAAUGCUAUCAAACUAGGCACAUCACAACCAAAAUCUGCCUGUCUUGUUAAAAAGGCGUCCCCCAAUACCAAUAAGAGUUUCCGUGCCAGCACCUUUUUGGACUCGGGCGACUUCCAACCCGAUUCUGUCGAUAGCUCACUCCUUCAUUACGGAGAUAUCAUUCAAGGGAAGGCCUCCGAAAUUAUUGUCACUGAUGGUAUCGUUGUUAGCGGCAGCGCGGAAAUAGACGAGUCGCACAUUACUGGAGAACAUGAACCAGUUGUUCGUUCCAGGAAGGCAUAUGUCUAUGCAGGAUCGACUAUCAUCAAUGGCCAGAUAAAUUACCGAGUAACGAGGCUCGUGUCAGAAAAUACCCUCAGCAUCGUCAGACGGCUCGUCUCUACGGCGGCAUCAUCAAGAACGAAGGCACUAGAGAGAGCAGAUUUAGCUGCCUCAUACCUGACCCCCAUAAUCCUCGCUGUUGCGUGUAUUGCAUUCCUCAUUUGGGUUCUUGUCAACCGCUUCGUCAGGAAUUGGGAUGAUGCAAAAUCGUCAGUCAACGCUCUUACGCAUGCCAUUGCGAUCCUAGCUAUCAGCUGCCCUUGUGCGUUAGCACUGGCAGUCCCAAUGGUUCUAACUGUUGCCAGCACGGUAGGAGCCAGAAAGGGCGUCCUAUUCAAGACGGGAGCUGCUCUCGAAGUUGGGUGCAACAUCAGCCAUGUUGUUUUCGAUAAAACAGGAACCUUGACAUCGGGCGAGCUGGCUGUCCUUUGCGAAACACUUCUUUGCAAAGAAUCAGGUAAAACCUGCCAGGAAAUAAGCAGAGUGGCAUUGAUGAUUACAAGGGGGAAUCGCCAUCCCGUCUCCCUGGCAAUCACACAAUAUCUAGCUGGCAACGGCGCCCAAACAACCAGCACCCUUCCUCCCGAAGUAGACUCCAAGAUAGUAAUCGGCAAGGGCAUCGAAAUAACCACCGACAAAGGCACAACAAUAAAAGGCGGCAGCCCCUCCUGGCUCGGCGUCGAAUCUCACCCCAAAGUCAAAGACCUCCUCGAAGCAUCCCUGACCACAUUCUGCGUGGUACAAAACGACACCCUCCUCGCCGUCUUUGGCCUCACCAGCACCAUUCGCCCCGAAGCCGUGGCCGUCCUCAAACGACUACAUAGCAUGAACAUAACCACCCACCUACUCUCAGGCGAUAACCCCCUCGCCGUCCGCGCCGUCGCCACAGUCCUAAACUUCGACACAGACAACGUCCGCAGCCUCUGCCAACCCGAAAGCAAAGCAGAAUACAUCCGCAAGCUGCAGAUGGCUCCGAUACCUACCCUCUCCCUCUCUGCCUCCACCACCCCCACCACCUCUCUCUUCCGCCUCCGAUCCCUCCCUUCCCCCCCGAAAGAAAAGGUCCUCUUCAUCGGUGACGGCACCAAUGACGCCCCCGCCCUCUCCCAAGCCGACCUAGGAAUCUGCAUGACAAACGCAACCGACAUCGCCGCCGACGCCGCCGACGUCGGCAUCCUCUCCGGCUCCCUAGCCGGCCUGCUGACCUUCCUAGACCUCUCGCGGCAAGCGACACGGCGCAUCCGGCUCAACAUCGCGUGGGCGGUGGUGUACAAUGUGUUUGCGGUGCUAUUUGCGGGCGGUGCGUUUGAGGCGGUUGGGUUUCGGAUUGAGCCGAGCUAUGCGGGUCUAGGGGAAGUGGUUAGUCUAUUGCCGGUUGUGGUGGUUAGUUUGAGUUUGGGGGUGGGGGUGGGGGUGUCAUGGGCGUGGCCGUGGUCGUGGUCUGGUUUGAGGGCGGACACGUUGAUAUAGGAUGGAUGUGGGUGGAUGGGGCGAAAGGGAGAAAGAGGGGGUUUGUCGUCACACGUCCCACUCCACCCCCUUUCUACUCUCCUGGUAUUCACGCUAUUCAUUCUCUCUCUCUUUCCUUUUCUUUUUCCUUUGCUACCUGUGGAUACGGGGUCUUCCAUGUAUGGGAUCAUGGAUGGGUUGGUUAAUUAAUCUAAUAUUUCGGUUUUGCUGUACUGAAGGAUGUUGGCCGCAUUGCAAAGCUAGUUCACUUUGAUACCUUACCUUAGCUCCCUUUAUUAUUAACUAUAUAUUAAUAAUGUCACCAACGACAGUCGUUCUGC